AUGCGCACCAAGAGGGGCCCUAUCCCCGCUCUCACUGGGCCCUCUGGCCAACCAGCUGGGGCGUCUGAUCGAGUUUCCCGGGCCAAAGUCCUGAUCCCGCGAGAUCGGUCCCGGAUCGUACUAUCUAGCUCCCGCAUACGCACCUCACGUGCCUGCGAUCCGUGUAGACAACGCAAAGCAAAGUGCAAUGGUGGGAAGCCGACUUGUAUCCAAUGCGAUGGCUUGGCUCUGGAAUGCACCUAUUCCGAACAAAAGCGCACCCUCGAGCAGAAGGAGCUCACCCUGCUGCGGAGCACCAUCCGCCGCCAUGAGCGCAUGAUCCAACUCAUCUCCGCCCGCCCCACGAAGCAAGACGAGGAACCCGAUGAGACGCCCACAGAGUCGUCCUCGACGACCGCUGGGGAGACGACGAUGGAGGUAACGGCCUUGCCAUCCGUGGUGGAUACCAUCCGCCGCAGCGCAUCGGCCCAUGAAGCCGCAAUGCACCUGGACCAAAAGGUGUCAACGCAACGGCCCGGAGUCACCCUUGGCAGAGUACAGCGAGCAUGGCUGAAUCGACUCUCGGGCAAGGCGGAGCUGGUCUGUCGAUAUCCCCCGUAUACAGUCACUGCGGCGGAGAAGUGGACCACCGUUGUUGACAGCUCGGUGGCCUCGCAUCUAUUCUCCCUCUUCUUCGUUUGGGACAAUCCCACCUGGCAGUUGGUCGACCCGAGUGUGUUCCUUGCCGACUUCCAGUCGGGACGAACGCAGUUCUGCUCCUCACUGCUGGUGCACGUCAUCCUUUUCUUUGCGUGUCAUUAUUCGUAUGACGUGGAAAAACCAUGGGACAGGAGAGAGGAAAUGGCCAUUGCCAAGAGACUGUUUCGAGAGAUCGGACGUCUCUGGCAGAGGGACAAGGACAACGUAUGUUUAACCACUGUUCAAGCAAGCCUGAUCCUAGGGCUCUUUCUCAACGCAUCGGGGAAAGACAAGAUUGGGACGCAGUACAUCUACUAUGGUGGCCAUAUGGCGUUGAAGCUGGGGUUACAUCUAUCUACGUCGGCAGUCUUCCACAGCGAGUCGAUGACAAAAGCGCAGCGAAAUCACUGGGCACACAAAUUUAUUGCCUGCGGCAUCUACGAUGUGCUAUCAUUGACAAUGCAGCUGUCACGCAAACCCUCGCCUUGGACGGCUCCUCCGAAGAACUUUCUUUCACUGGAAGAAGCCCUGCUUUCAGAUGCCAAUCAGCAAUGGGCACCGUAUCCAUUCACUUUCCCCACCUUCAAGCCCUACGCGAGCACAGCCGUGUCUGCCCGCCGCGAUCUCCUUAUCCUUAUCAACGAUGUCUCGCACUUUGAGGCAGAGUUACCAAAACGAGUGGACCUUCCCAGUUGGCAAAGAGGCACACUGAUCCAUGAGAAAUUACUCACAUUUGAACGGACGUUGCCACUUGUACUGGGGAUAGGGCGGAAUAAGACUCCUCAUAAUCUUUGCCUUCACCUUUACUAUCACAUGACCGUAGUCAACCUUUGCGGGCUUUUCAACUCCCGCGAGGCCACAACAACCAAGGAUGUCAUUAUUGCUGCAACACAGUUCAACCCGCAGCAAGUUCUCGAAGACGCUAUGGAUGCGAUGGCGACAAUCAUCUUAAUGUACCGUGUAUGCCACGGGUGGAAAUCAAUACCAGUAGUCAUGGUGCACUACUUCUUUGUCAUCGGGCUCCAUUCUGCGACCAAUCUGCGCUCCUCAAAAUGGCGCGAAGUGCUAGUCAGCUGUGUGUCAGGCCUUUGGCACAUGGGUCUGACAUGGCGAAUAUGUCGACCGUUUUUGCGCACGAUCCAGUUGGUGCUGAACGCUAGCGCUGACGCAGCGUUGAUUCCCGCCGAGGCGCAGUCCAUCCUGCGGGAAUUCAACGAGAAACUCUGGACUCAAGAAGAGAUCCAAUCACUUGCCGCCAACUAUGUGGUCCAUCAUCAUCCGGCGCCGGAGGCUCGCCGAGGAUCCGUCUUUCAAGGAGAAAGGCUGGAGGAUCUGAUUCGAGCUUUUGAUCGACUCAACACGGUGGAUGAUCAGGUAAGCGUGGACGCCGCCUGAUACAGUAUACGACUCUUUCGGAUCCGUCUCACUAAGUAUACGAGCGGUCUAUUUUUGAUUUUUGGUUAUUUUGUUUGCUUCAUGUCAGAC